AUGCUCCGGGAGAUUCAGGAUUCUUUGACCCUCCUACACACCAAGAUCAAUGCAAUUGAAGCUACUGUUCAUGUUCUCGACUCUCAGCAGCAGGAUCAACUACUUGCACUCAAGAAUGCUGAUACUGGGAUCAGGAACAAGUUAUCUUCAUUCUCAAAUCCUAAUUUAACUAGAAGAGAAAGUUCUAAUAAUCUUGAUGUAACUCAAAAAUAUAGACAUUUGUGGGUUCAAUGCGAAUUUUGUUAUGCAUUAAAUUAUAAGAAAUUGCUUAAGUCAAAAAUGGGUAUUUGUGAACAAUGUGGAUAUCAUUUGAAAAUGAGUAGUUCAGACAGAAUCGAACUUCUGAUUGAUCCGGGUACUUGGAAUCCUAUGGAUGAAGAUAUGGUCUCUAUGGAUCCUAUUGAAUUUCAUUCAGAGGACGAAGCUUAUAAAGAUCGUAUUGAUUCUUAUCAAAUAAAUACGGGUUUAACUGAAGCUGUUCAAACAGGUAUAGGUCAACUAAACGGUAUUCCUGUAGCAAUUGGGGUUAUGGAUUUUCAGUUUAUGGGAGGUAGUAUGGGAUCUGUAGUAGGGGAAAAAAUCACCCGGGUGAUUGAGUAUGCUGCCAAUAAAUUACUACCUCUUAUUAUAGUAUGCGCUUCUGGAGGGGCCCGCAUGCAAGAAGGAAGCUUGAGCUUAAUGCAAAUGGCUAAAAUCUCGUCUGUUUUAUAUGAUUAUCAAUCAAAUAAAAAGUUAUUCUAUGUAUCAAUCCUUACAUCUCCUACUACUGGUGGAGUGACAGCCAGCUUCGGUAUGUUGGGGGAUAUCAUUAUUGCCGAACCUAACGCCUACAUUGCAUUCGCGGGUAAAAGAGUGAUUGAGCAAACAUUGAAUAAGACAGUACCUGAAGGUUCACAAGCAGCCGAAUUUUUAUUCCAUAAGGGUUUAUUCGAUCCAAUUGUACCCCGUAAUCUUUUAAAAGGCGUUCUAAGUGAGUUAUUUCAACUGCAUGCUUUUUUUCCUUUGAAUCAAAAUAAAGUCGAGGAUUAAGGUCCAUUUUUUUUAUUUGUUUCAAAAAAUUGUUUGUUUUUUUGUUUAUUGGAAUCAAAGUAAAAACCAGAGAAUGGGGGUUUUUGGUUGGCAACAUCCUAAAUUUUGGAAUAAGAAAAAGAAUUUUAAAAUGUGAAUAAUUAGGAAAACUCAAUCAACAAGAUAAAAGAACGACUUCUUCCUUUUUAUUCUGUGAAAUUAGUCAAAUAAAAAAAAUGCAUGUUCCCUUCUUACACGUACAUAUGUAUAGACUUCGAAUUAAAAAAUAGCUUUUUGCAUCUUUCGAUAUUUUCUGGGAAUCUUUAUUAAAAAUACCUUUUGGAUCAGACUAUAACGAAUCCUUUGGAAAUUGAGUUUAUAAGAAAUCUUCUAUUUUCUUGAAUUAGUAGAAGCAAAAGAAAGAAAAAAAGAUGAAAAAUAAGAAAAUAAAGUCGAUUAUCAUAUAUUAUAUGUAGAAAGCUAAUUUAUUUUUUAGUCUACAUUCUUUGUACUUAUUAUAUACUAUACUCCUUCUAUAGAAUUAGAAUUCUAAUUAAUUAAUUAAUAUAAUAACAUAAUAACAACAAAAAAAUAUAACAAACAGGUACAAUUACAAUAUAGUAAAUCGAGGUACCCAUUCUAUGACAACUAUGAACUUUCCAUCUAUUUUGGUGCCUUUAGUAGGCCUAGUAUUUCCGGCAAUUGCAAUAG